AAUUGAACGUCACAUGAUCAUCGAGUCACAUGACUUUGUUUUGGAGAAAAUGGCAGCUAGCGUUACAGCAUCUACUAUAUAUUUAUGUACUGUUUUUAUUGUUUUAUUCAAUGUAUAUGUCGACAGCAAGGAUACUGACGCACAGGUAUGUCAAAUGUGUGAAGGGACUGUACGACAAGACAGUCCUGUCUGGGAUUUCUGCCUAACAAAAGGCCAUGUUAGGGGACGCUGCUGUUUUGGAAAUAAUACCAGCAAUAUAGACACCAUUAUAGGGUUGGACUUGGCAAACUGCUCUAUGAGUCAUGUAGAGCACCUGUAUAAUUCAUCCACUACAUUCAUAAUAGACCUCUCCAACAACCCCAUCUCCAAUCUGAGCGAUUUCAUAUUUCAGGGUUUCAGCCAUCUUACCCAACUUUUACUACCCUCUAAACUGGAGUGUCCAGGGGGCAAUGCAUCAUGGGAGAAGGUUGAAGUGAAAAACAAUGCCAAAAUCUGCGAAGGACAGAAAAAUACUUGCAAUCAGACUGCGCAGAUGCCCUGGGAUUGCCCUGAAAACUCAUUCUGCAGCCCAUAUGGACCAGGGUUCUUUGAGUGUAGCUGUCUGCAAAAUUUCCAUGGAUACAAGUGCAUGAGACAGGGUGCGUUUCCUAUAGUUAAGGUGCUUGGGAUACUAACCGGAUCUACAGUUGUGGUUUCAUCUUUACUCUGGUUCACACAAAGACGAAAGGUCAAGAACACUUGAGUUUUAAAGAAAACUGACUGUUGGGCUGACGUGGAGCCUGAAAAUGGUGCAGGAGACACCAAAAAGUUUCAUACACUGGAUG